AUGGGUGGGGAGGGGGAGUUGCGGCUUUUGGGGCGGAUGAAGAGCAGUCCGGACUUCUCUGGAGAACAGGUCCACACGCUGGUGGAGCCACCCGACCGUCGCCUGUGGUCGAGCGAGCUGAAGCUCAUCCUCUCCUGCACCGCCAUCGCCAUCGGCAUGGCCAACAUCUGGCGAUUUCCCAAGGUGCUCUACGAGAACGGAGGAGGCUCGUUUCUGCUGGCGUACACGGUGGCACUGGUGGCGGUCGGCUACCCUCUCUUCUACCUCGAGCUCAUCCUGGGCCAGUACACACGACUCGGACCCGGCGCCGUGACCAGAUGCGUGCCCCUGGCCAGAGGUGUGGAGGUGUGCGCCGGCCUGCUGAGCCUUCUGAUGAGCAGCUACCUGCAAGCCCUGCUGGCGCAGUCUCUCCUGCAGCUGCUGCUCGCCUUCACCGACUUCAACCUGGUGCAGCUGUCCGGAUGCCACGGAUUCUGGGAGCAGCAGAUAGAGACCUGCUACAGGGCAGAGAGGCGGGUGUGCGGCUCACCCUACCGCGUGUCGCACGCUCCGCGGAAGGGACGUCGCAACCACUCGUCGCUGCCCCUGCACGUGCGACCGUUCAAGUACGACGACGUCGUCAUGGACUGCGUCAACGUCACCGAGACCAUGAGCGAGCACUUCUUCCACACGUCCGUCGGCCUUCGUUCCCACCGGCAAGUGUGGAGCGUGGGCGGCUUGCACAUGGAGCUGCUGAUGUGCUUGGGUCUCAUGUGGGUGCUGCUCUUCGUAUGCCUCGCAUCGGGGCUGCGUACGCCGCGCCUGUCCAUCAUCACUCUGCUGCCUAUCGCUUUGACGAUGCUGCUGAUGAUCGAGACGCUCUGGAGAGAAGGCUCCAUCCUAGGCAUCUGGUUCAUGCUCGUACCUAACUGGAGGGACUUGCUGCAGAUCACGGUGUGGACUCGUGCGGUGGAGCAGGUGCUGUUCACCAUUGGCGUCAGCUACGGUCCGGUAGUCACCUUCGGCAGCUUCUGUCGCCGCUUUGAGAAUGUGCACAGGGUGGUGUUCAUGGUGACGCUGCUGACCCUGGCCGCCAGCCUGAUGUACUCCAUCAUCGUGUUCUCUUCGAUGGGCAACAUGGCGCUCAGCCUCAACAUCCCCGUCAAGGACGUCGUGCACGGAGGCCAGAGCGUGAUAUUCGUGGCGAUGAGCAAGUACUCGGUGCACUGGCUCUCCUCCAGCCUAUUCUUCCUGCUCGUACUCAUCGCCGGAAGCAGUUCGCAGCUAUCGAUGGUCGACGUGGCACUGACCCACUUGGCCGACAGUUGGCCGUUGGUGCAGCGGAACCGGCGACACUUUGCAGUCGCCUACUGCGUCGUUGCCUUCCUGCUCGGCCUGCCAUUCGUCACCGAGGCGGGCUUGUACCUGGUGCAGCUGGUGGACAGCCAGGUGGUCGGAUUCCUGCUCAGCUACGUGGCCUUCUUCGAGCUGCUGGCGGUUAUGUGGAUAUACGGUCUGGAGCAUUUGAAACUGGACGUGAUGCUGAUGCACGGCGAGCUCUCGGCGGUGAAACUUGAGGCCGCCUGGUGCGUCGUGGUUCCCGUAGCGUUGGUGGUGACCCUGCUGACGAGCCUGCUGUCCGGCUGCAGCUACCUCCGUCUGGGUCCCAUCCAGUUCCCGGUUCACGUGUGCUACGUCGGCUGGAGCCUCGUCAUCGUCGGCGCACUGCAGGUGCCCUUGUGGGCGGUACUGGAGGCCAUACGGAACCAAGCCAAGCUGGAGCAAUGUCUCGUUCCCUUGUCAACUGUGGAACUGGGUCUGACGGCCAUGUCCAGCUCGGAGCCGAUUCGGUCGCCCAUGGCACACCGUCGCUUCUGACGCUCGCCUUGAGACGCGUGGGC